GCAAAAUUUUGGGAAGAGUCAACAGUGCAAGUUUGUUGCACGAGGCUGCCAUGGGCGCGGCUAUUCCACACAUUACGGCGCGAGGCGAAAGCCUUAGUGGAAGCGCGUCCCGCGCUGGGCGGGGGACCCCUACUGCGCCUUGGCCCGGCCUUCGGUUCUGAGUCCUUUCCGUGGGUAGUCUCCCGGGGGUGGCGGCUCUGGGUGCGGGCACGGAGACCCCAGGACCAGCUGGUGCGAAGACUCGGUUCUUUACGGCCCGGUUCCCACCCAGGUCUCGCGAGAGCGCAGGCGCAAGUGUCGCGAUAAGUGGACGCGGGCGAAGCGGAGGGAGAUCCGAGCGGCGGCGGCAAGCGCGCUGCGGCAACUGAGCAGCACUCCAAGCUUACCGGCCUUUGGUCUCCAGGACUCGUUCCAGCAGCUCCUCAAACUGAGAAUUACACCAUCGGCCCCCCUGGCUCUGAGGCCUUCAGACGUGGACUGUGUCACGCUGCCAGGCUUCUAGGGCUCCAGCUUGCAGACGACCUGUUGUGGGACAGUCUCCCUAAUCGUGAAAGCAACCAUGGAAGACCUGGGGGAAAACACCACAGUUUUAUCCACCCUGAGAUCUUUGAACAACUUCAUCUCUCAGCGGGUAGAGGGAGGAUCUGGACUGGAUAUGUCCACCUCGGCCCCGGGUUCUCUGCAGAUGCAGUACCAGCAGAGCAUGCAGCUGGAGGAAAGAGCAGAGCAGAUCCGUUCGAAGUCCCACCUCAUCCAGGUGGAGCGGGAGAAGAUGCAGAUGGAACUGAGUCACAAGAGGGCUCGAGUGGAGCUGGAGAGAGCGGCGAGCACCAGUGCCAGGAACUACGAGCGCGAGGUUGACCGCAACCAGGAGCUCCUGACGCGCAUCCGGCAGCUUCAGGAGCGGGAGGCUGGGGCGGAGGAGAAGAUGCAGGAGCAGCUGGAGCGCAACAGGCAGUGUCAGCAGAACCUGGAUGCUGCCAGCAAGAGGCUGCGUGAGAAAGAGGACAGCCUGGCCCAGGCCGGCGAGACCAUCAACGCCCUCAAGGGGAGGAUCUCGGAACUGCAGUGGCGCGUGAUGGACCAGGAGAUGCGGGUGAAGCGCCUGGAGUCGGAGAAGCAGGAGCUGCAGGAGCAGCUGGACUUGCAGCACAGAAAAUGGCAGGAAGCCAAUGAGAAAAUCCAGGAACUCCAGGCCAGCCAGGAAGCAAGAGCAGACCACGAGCAGCAGAUUAAAGAUCUGGAGCAGAAGCUGUCCCUGCAAGAGCAGGACGCUGCGAUUGUGAAGAACAUGAAGUCAGAGCUGGUGCGGCUCCCUAGGCUGGAACGAGAGCUGAAGCAGCUGCGGGAGGAGAUCACGCACCUGCGGGAGAUGAGAGAGACCAACGGGCUGCUCCAGGAAGAGCUGGAAGGGCUGCAGAGGAAGCUGGGGCGCCAGGAGAAGAUGCAGGAGACGCUGGUUGGCUUGGAGCUGGAGAACGAGAGGCUGCUGGCCAAGCUGCAAAGCUGGGAGAGACUGGACCAGACCACGGGCCUGAGCAUCAGGACUCCGGAAGACCUUUCCAGAUUCGUGGUUGAGCUGCAGCAGAGGGAGCUUGCCUUGAAGGACAAGAACAGCGCUGUCACCAGCAGCGCCCGGGGGCUGGAGAAGGCCAGGCAGCAGCUGCAGGAGGAGCUCCGGCAGGUCAGCGGCCAGCUGCUGGAGGAGAGGAAGAAGCGCGAGACGCACGAGGCGCUGGCCCGGAGGCUCCAGAAACGGGUCCUGCUGCUCACCAAGGUGAUUUAUGCCCUCACAUUUGAUCAGAGUUGCAGGGAGCUGCGGGCGAGCGCACACCUGGUCAGCGAGAUCUCACUGUGGAGGCAGGAGUGCUGCAGCUGGGAGCGGGACGGCAUGCGGGCCAUCCUGGGGUCCUACGACAGCGAGCUGACCUCGGCCGAGUACUCGCCCCAGCUGACACGGCGCAUGCGGGAGGCGGAGGAUAUGGUGCAGAAGGUGCACAGCCACAGCGCCGAGAUGGAGGCUCAGCUGUCGCAGGCCCUGGAGGAGCUGGGAGGCCAGAAACAAAGAGCAGACAUGCUGGAGAUGGAGCUGAAGAUGCUAAAGUCUCAGUCCAGUUCUGCCGAACAGAGCUUCCUGUUCUCCAGAGAGGAGGUGGACACCCUCAGGUUGAAGGUCGAGGAGCUGGAGGGCGAGCGGAGUCGGCUGGAGGAGGAAAAGAGGAUGCUGGAGGCACAGCUGGAGCGGCGCGUGCUGCAGGGUGACUACGACCAGAGCAGGACCAAAGUGCUGCACAUGAGCCUGAACCCCACCAGCGUGGCCAGGCAGCGCCUGCGCGAGGACCACAGCCAGCUGCAGGCAGAGUGCGAGCGACUGCGAGGGCUCCUGCGUGCCAUGGAGAGAGGAGGCACCGUCCCCACCGACCUUGAGGCUGCUGCUGCGAGUCUGCCAUCAUCCAAGGAGGUGGCAGAGCUGAAGAAGCAGGUGGAGAGCGCCGAGCUGAAGAACCAGCGGCUCAAGGAGGUUUUCCAGACCAAGAUCCAGGAGUUCCGCAAGGCCUGCUACACGCUCACCGGCUACCAGAUCGACAUCACCACGGAGAACCAGUACCGGCUGACCUCGCUGUAUGCCGAGCACCCGGGCGACUGCCUCAUCUUCAAGGCCACCAGCCCCUCGGGCUCCAAGAUGCAGCUGCUGGAGACGGAGUUCUCGCACACCGUGGGCGAGCUCAUCGAGGUGCACCUGCGACGCCAGGACAGCAUCCCCGCCUUCCUCAGCUCGCUCACCCUCGAGCUCUUCAGCCGCCAGACCGUGGCCUAGCCUACAGCCGCUCCACUCGGCCAGACCUGCGGGUCCUCUGCCCCGCCAGCCACAGGCUGGGUGCACGUCCUGUGUCUCCAGCCCCGCGGCAGCGGCAUGACCGACAGACACGCCGAGACCUACGUCAGACUUCUGCUGGGGCGGCCAGCACCCUCCCCACGUGCAGACCCUGUGUGUCCCGGAGCCUGGUGUGUGGGUGUCGGCCGCCAGCCCCGGUUCCUCACCUUGUGAAAUAAAGUCUUCUCCCCCAGACA